AUGUCCAAUUUGCAAGAAGUCUUUUCAGAAGAAAAACAUCAGUCCCAAUUGGAACUCUCUGAUAAGCAACCAGAAGAUUCUAAACAACCAGCAGAUUACCAGCUUUGCAAGAAACAUGGGGAAAAGACCUUCUUCUUCUGUGAAACGGAUGAGCAGUUCUUGUGCUUUGUGUGCAGGGAGCUCCGGGAGCACAGCACUCAUGUUGUCUUGCCAGUGGAGGAUGCUGCCCAGCCCUACAAAGAUGAAAUUCAGAGACAGCUGAAAAGUCUGAAGGAAUCCAAAGAAAAGAUAAUGCAUUUGAAGGGAAAAGAUACAUUUCAAGAAUUGCUGAAUCAGAUUCAAGACAAAAAACUGAGAAUUGUGUCUGAGUAUCAGCAGUUCCGGGAGUUUCUUGAUGUGCAGGAACAGCUCCUUCUGGCUCAGAUGGAGGAGUUGGAAAAGGACAUCACCUGUAAGAAAGAGCAACAUGUCACACAAGUCUCUCAAAAAGUAUCCCAUCUUGAAGAAUUAAUAAUUAAAAUGGAGGAGAGAGUUUCUCAGACCCCAAGUGAAAUCCUUAAGAUCAGAAAACAAUUGGAAGAAAGGUAAGUGCACUUAGCUGGCUUUUUUCUCCUGUAUGUGUCUUCUAUCUCGCAUUCAUUUAUUAAUAUCCUAUGAGUAGGGUCAGAUUUUUUUCUCCUGUUAGUUAGCCUGGUGGAAUAACUUCAGUACAAGAUUGUAUACUUCUCUUUUAAAAGUAAUUUCCCAUUCAUUCAUUUAAAAAAAAAAAAACACAUUUAUUCAGGGGCAAGUAGGCGAAUUCAUAGUCAGAUCCAGAGACAGGAGAUGCCAGGUUCAAAUCUGACCACAGAUACUUACUCACUCUGUGACCGUGGACA